UAAGAGAAUCUUAGAUGAGAAGAAAAUUACCGAAUACAUUAUGCGUAAUUGCACAUGGAAAGGGGAUUUCUCUCCCAGUGUUUAUUCGAUAGUACUCGAACGUAAUGGACUUCUUUGACGGUCGUCACUAUAGAAUCAAUAAAGUUUUACUAUCCUUUAUCGGCCAGUGGCCCUAUCAAACGAUCAGUCGAAGAAAUAUCACUUUAUCGAUUUUAUUUUUACUAGCUGGCACACAAAUUAUAGCUAAGAUGUGUGCUUUGGUAAUUUCGUAUCAUGACGUAGAUGUUUUAUUGGAAAACUUGGCACCUUUCAUAGUCGACUUAGGUGGUGUAAUCAAAAUAAUAAAUUGUGCGCUUAAAACGGAGAAGAUGAAGAUACUCAUUGAUCGCAUUCAAACAGAUAUUAUUUCAUAUACUAAAGCUGGAAAAGUAAAUAUUCUAAAGAAAUACGCUAAAGAUGGAAGAAGGUUUACCAUCAUGUAUGCAGGCUUUUUGUACGCGGCAAUGAUAAUAUUCAUGAUUACACCAUUGAAGCCACUUAUUUUUAAUACCUUAAACGAAACAAGCGAACGACCAUUGAUACAUCACGUUGAAUAUUUCGUGGACACUCAAAGAUAUUAUUAUUUUAUUAUUCUUCACUCUUAUGUGACCAUUGUAAUUUGCAUUUCUGCGAUCGUUGCUAUUGAUACAAUGUUUCUGAUUUUCAUACAGCAUGUUUGCGGAUUAUUUUCAACAUUAGGGUAUCAACUUCAUCAUGUGACAGACGAUGAAACUUUCGAUUUAGACAUAAAUCCUUCUAUAAAGCAUGAUAAAUCUUAUAAACAUUUGGCCGAAUGCGUUUAUAGACACAAGAAAGCGAUAGAGUUUGCCGAUCUUAUGGAAUCUUAUUAUUCCACAUCUUUCUUCCUGCAGGCAGGUCUCAAUAUGAUUGGAAUGAGUAUCACAGGUCUACAGGCUGUUGCAAAUAUGGAUGAAACAAACAAGUUUCUUCAACAAUUGGUGUUCUCUUAUGCUCAAUUAGCUCAUCUCUUUUUUGAAAGUAUAAAUGCUCAACGUCUUAUAGAUCACAGUGAUCGAAUGAAUGAAUAUUUAAUAAAUGUAGAAUGGUAUCAAACUUCGAUUAGAACGAGAAAAGUUAUCAAUCUUAUGUUAACUAGAUCACGAGUACCUUGCACAUUAACUGCAGCAAAUAUGUUCAUCAUAUCUAUGGAAACUUUUAGUACAAUUGUCCGUACAUCAAUGUCAUACUUCACUGUUUUGCGUUCAGUGCAAUGAAUUUUAGAACAUUAUGAAUGUGUAUAAAAUAAAUUUCAAAUGAUUUUUGUAAAAAUUUAAUUAGAGUAAUAUAACUAAUGUAGUAUAUUUGUGUAUGUGUGUGUGUAUGUGUGUAUAAACAAAUCAUUUUUA